AAAAUGGAAGCAACCGAAAAACAGACUUCUUUAUUAUUAAAAACAAUUUCUAAUAAAAAAGAAACGAAUAAACCUUCUAGUCAAUUUCGCCCAUUUCUCUCAUAUAAAAACUUUAAAAAAAUUUCUCAAGAAAAAUUGGACAGUUUUGAAGGAGAAGAAAAUAUUCUAAACGAAAAUAUCAGCCUAACAUCUACUUAUUCAAUUACUCAAUUUUUGAAGAACAUUGGAGGAGGGCAUUCCCUUUGCAGAAUUCUUAAACAAUUUUCAGAUGGCCGUAUUUGGAUCGAAAUUGGGGGACAUGAAUUAUUAUUAAUGCAAACAGUUAAUGUAAAUACAGAAAUGUUGGAAGGAGAGAAAGAAAUUCCUCUACAUUCCCCUCAAUCAACAUUUCCAACUGGAAAUAUAUCAUCUUCAACUUCCCCACAUUCUCCACACUCUCACUUAACAAAUUGUAUUUUUGCAAAUAACAAAAGUUAUUCUUCAAUGAUUCGCCCUUCAAGUUUGGGUGGCUACCCAGAAAGAAUGCCCUUUUCUUCAUUUAUCCGCUCAUUUAUAUGUUUAUUGAAGAACAAAGAAUUUAUCGAAAAAAAUUCUGAAGAAAAGGAAGAGAAUAUUAAUAAUAAUUCAAUUAAUGAUCGAGAAAAUGUCAGAAGGAUAUUAAAAAGGGCAGGUAUUGCAGAGCAUCGUUACAGGCUUGGAUUGUCACAGAUUUUGUUACAAAGAGAACUCCUCGAGGAGUUAGAGCACAAACGUUCUGUUGUACUCCUACCUGUUUUGAGUAUAUUUCAGGUGGAUAAUAUAUCUUAA